CGCAUCUUGUUUCGGACCGCAAACAAGUUAGUUGGAACGGGAAGGUAUUGAUGAAAGUCACUGUACAUGCAACGAAUACAACGUAUCGAUCUACCGAAUAAGCAUGGCAGAUUUUUUGCCAAUCGUGAUAUUUGUCACUGAUUAAUCGACGCCAUAUCUUUCACGAGCGGGUAUCGUUUUUAUGCAGAGGUCAUUCCUAUACAGAAAAAUUUGGUUAUUGAACCCGAAUUUGCAGAGAUCAACGUUUUAAAAUUUAGAAUAACUUAUCGAAUAUGAGAUCGACGAUAAAUAGAAUGAACAUCUUAGAAUUGGGUCUAUGCGUUGAGAAUGAACAAUCAUCUCGCUGUGUAGAAUGGUUCACAAUCUUUCGAUAGAUUCGACAAUUCGUACGAUAAACCUGCAGAUUUUGGUGGAAUUGGAAAAAAUUGAAAUAAAUCAGUGAUGAUUUUAGAUGUAGAGAUGUCAGUUUGACAUCGUAGUCUUCGCUGAAUUACGCCCGAUGCGCUGUGACGAACCUUAUUUCAGUAUCGUAGAGUGAUGAAAGGUUUGGAAGUACAGCUUUUUGACAAAGAUGGAGAACAGAGGUCUUACUCGUGUUGCUCGCAUCGGUGAACAUUGCGCAGUCAUCGUUGUGUAUGCAGGAUAGAAAUGGAUUUACUUAGCACGCUCUAAGGUGGGAGGACAGCGGUACUUUGAUUGCGAAUGUACAACUCAUGCUGGGUAAUCUUUUGAGGAGAAAAAGUGGGAGGUAAUGGGCAACGCAUAUACUGUUAGCAUCAGAUAUCAGUCCGUAGUUUGUUCGCCUUGGAGAUCUGGCACGGCUCAAAGGUCUGGUUUAGUGCUUAAACGGACACUCGAAUGGUAUACGGUAUACAGUAUAUCUUCUUGACGAAACCUAGGUUGCAUUUUGUGCAUUGGAGUUAUACCCACUUGACGUUCAAGUUGCACAACACUAUUCGCUGAUGAAGUACUUCAAGGUAGAAACAAGUGCCUCGUAGUCUGCAGUGAAGUGAAUUUUUUUAGUCGUGGCUGAAUAUUCGAUUAUCACCGAAAAAGCAAUCAAGGCCAGUUAUUGUGAAUAAUUGUAUUCUAAAAUAUCGAAAAUAUGGCGAUUUUUGGGAACUAUCUCUUCGAAUUUAGUUGCAUAGUAGUCAGCAUCGUAUUCGGUUUGUAUCUCUACGUGAAAUAUGUGGCUUUCAAUUACUGGAGUUCGAAAAACAUCGCUCAUCCCAAGCCGGCCAUUCCUUUUGGCAGCUUGGGGCCCGUUACCAGAGGAAAACGUUCAAUGGGUGAAAUGAUCGCCGAUGUAUAUUCGGAGUAUAAAAAAAAUCCGGUGAUUGGUAUCUACACGUUGACUUCGCCCGCUCUGAUCAUUGCCAAACCCGAUCUCAUACGUUUUGUACUUACCAAGGAGUUCGCGCAUUUUCAUGAUCGCGGUGUAUAUUGCAAUGAAAAGAUUGACCCGUUGUCGGGACAUCUGUUUGCGCUGCCUGGCGCCAAAUGGAAGUAUCUGAGAACCAAGUUCACUCCGACAUUCACCGCAAGCAAGAUGAAGCAGAUGUUCUUCACAGUUAAGGAAACUUCUGUGAUACUUGCCGCGUCGGUUGAGCAAAGUGCGAGGAAGUCUGAAAUUAUCGAGGUCAAAGAACUCAUGGCAAGGUUCACAACCGACGUUAUCGCUUCCGUAGCUUUCGGCAUCAAUUGCAACAGCCUUGAGAAUCCGGACGCCGAAUUUAGGACGAUGGGUCGAAAGAUAUUUGAACCACGACUGGUCAAACGGAUAUUGGGCUUCCUGCUACCAUCCGUAUUACAGUUUUUUAAAAUUCCUAUCAUUGACGAGACCAUCAGUAAAUUCUUUAUUCGCGCCUUCAGAGAAGCAGUCGAGUAUCGAACGGCCAAUAACAUUGUUCGAAAGGACUUUUUGGACUCUGUUAUACAGCUGAUGAACAAGGGUUACGUUCAAAAUGACGAUGAUAAAUCAUCGGUGCCAGCGAAAGAGCUUGACGAUCAGAAAAUUACGCUCCUUCAAGGAGCCGCGCAAGCUUUCGUCUUUUGGAUCGGCGGCUUCGAUACCUCCUCGUCGACGAUUACCUUUUGCCUAUACGAAAUGGCGCUGAAUCUCGAUAUUCAAGAUCGAUUGGCCGAAGAGAUAAAUCAAGUCCUCGAAGAAUACAGGGGUGUGACUUACGAGAGUAUCAAGGCGAUGCCCUAUCUUCACAAAGUGGUCUCCGAAACUCUGAGAAAGUAUCCGGUUAUCCCGAUGCUCAACCGAGAGUGCGAGGAAGAUAUUGAGCUUCCCGAAACUGGACUCCGCGUCGAGAAAGGUACCGGGAUACUAAUUCCGGUUCUGGGACUUCAUUCGGACCCCGAUUUAUAUCCGGAACCGGAAAAAUUCGAUCCGGAACGUUUCAACGAGGAGAAUAUCGCCAAGAGGCACCCGUACGCUUAUUUGCCAUUUGGCGAGGGUCCCAGGAAUUGCAUCGGUAUGAGGUUUGGUUUACUUCAAACGAAGGUUGGCAUCGUCAGUUUGCUGUCCAAGUACCGAUUCACGCCGUCGCCGGACUUGAAACCCAUUGUCAUGGAUACAGCUAAUUUCCUCCAGGUUCCCUUACACGGUGUAUCGCUUAGGGUACAAAUGCGAUAAUUUCUUCCAUCGGAGAAAGUCGAGUUGUUACAAUAUUGAAUCGAAAUUUUGGACGAUAGGUUGUAGGUAUCUUCAAAGGUGUUUGGCGCUAUAGUCAAUUGGACGAAGACAAUGUCACGUACUCGUUUGUUGUUGUUUGUUUACAAUAAACUGUACUGUUCGUGGAUCGAAACAAUGAAUAUGUUAAUAAUAAAUUAUGCCUAAAAGUAAUUCCCAAGUUAUCUAUUCCCAGUAACUAAUUUUCCACUCUCGGAUACCGCGCCUUUAUCUUAUCUGUCGUCAUUUCUUACGGACUAUAACCGUUGAUUGAUACGGUUUAUAGAAUGUUGCAAGCGUGGACGUUUCUGGUAAUUAGAGCAAACGUUAAAGCAUUUGUCACAAUAUUCCUAAAUAUGUAACUCAGAUAUCAGGUACUGACGUCAAAUUAUCUGUUGAUUAUAUGGAUUUGAUCGUUCGUGAUGAUAUCGACGGUGUUUAUUGAUUAUCUUGAUCGUUUGACAGCUUGACAGAGUUUGCAAAAUAUAAUACCUGAAUUGAUGUGGAGGUGGUACAGUUCCAAGAACCUGGUUUAUUAUAAGGUAUUCUAUGCGAAUUUAGGCGUUUUAGAAAAAUGUAAACUAAUUUUACGUCUUUGACGCGUUUAAUCACUUGGGACAAUCACCAAAAAUUUCUAUACUCGUAAUAUUUUCUUCUGAAGGUAAAAUAACAGUUCUGUUGUUUAUUUUUAAAUUGUCACGAGGUGGCGUACUGUCAUAGAGUGAGGAAAUAAACGAUUUGGAAUUU